AUGAUGGACAAAAAAAGAAUUAUUGUUAAGAAGCCAGAAAGGGGGAGUUUUCUCUUAGAUCAUAAUAGUGAAUGCACAUCAAUAAAAAAUAAUUACUUAAAAUGCUUAAAAGAACAUAAUAAUGACCAUAUAAGUUGUAGAGAAUAUUCUAAAGAAUAUUUUAUAUGUAGAAUGGACAGAAAUUUACUUGAAAAGCAGAGUUUGAAUGAUUUAGGUUUUUCUGAAAAUGAAAUAAAUCAUGAAAGUAGAUUAAAAUAUUUUAAGGAUGUAUACAGUUAUAAUACGUACAAUGAAAAAACGGAAAAUUUAUCAAAGGAAAAAUUGAGUAAUGAGAAUAAUAUAAAUAAAAAUGAAACAUAUAUAACGGGAAUUUUUAAACAAAACAAUAAUAGAAAGGAGGAAGAUGUAAAGGAAACGAAUGAAGUGGAAUUUUUGCUUUUAGAUAGCAUUAAUAAAAAUAUAUCUGAAGAAAAUUUAAAUUCAGAAGUGAGUGAAAGAAAUGAGGAAAAAAAAAUAGCAAUAAAGCGAAAGGAAGAAAUUGGUUAUUUAGCUGGAAAGGAGUACAUAAAAGUCUUAUUAGAUAAAAAAAAAAAAAAAGAUCUUCUUUUUCGAAAAUAA